UACUGUUGCCGUUUGUUGACAAACGAGAAAUAAAUAAAUGCUAAGGUUUUGUUGUCUACAAUGGAACAUGUUCGUACGCUUGUUCUAAAAGUAACGUGACAAAGAGCGCACGUAUCGUACAAAGUAGGCGUUCGAAACUUGUGUGCACCCACGUAUUAAGCAACGAGAUAAAAGAUAUUCGUUAGAUUUAAUACCGAUUGUAUACUGUGAGAAAGAAACUUUUAUAUCAUGACUAUAAUAGACUAUAUGCACACGUUAUCCGACAAUCCUUAUUUCGGAGCUGGAUUUGGUCUGUUUGGGUUAGGAGCGGGAGCAGCUAUAUUGCGUAAAGGGAUGCAAGCGGGAAUGAUAUUCUUCAGGCGACAUUAUAUGAUCACUUUGGAAGUUCCUUGUCGGGACAAAAGUUACCAAUGGCUUUUACAAUGGAUCACGCAUAAGGGCGCGAAAAAAACGCAGCAUCUGUCUGUUGAGACAAGUUUCGAGGAAAGAGAAACAGGUCACAUAAAAACUAGAUAUGAUUUCAUACCAAGUAUCGGAACUCAUUUCUUUAGAUACAAAGGGAAUUGGAUAAGAGUGGAACGAACCAGGGAACAGCAAACCUUGGAUAUACAAAUGGGUAUACCGUUCGAAACUGUACAACUUACGGCAUUUGGGAGAGACAGAAAUAUAUAUUUCAAUAUAUUGGAAGAAGCUAGGCAAAUGGCCCUGAAAGAGCACGAAGGCAAAACGAUAAUGUACGUUGCAAUGGGAAGCGAGUGGAGGCCGUUUGGACAUCCUAAAAAACGAAGACCGCUAAAAUCAGUCGUUCUAGACACUGGUAUCGCGGAGAAAAUAAUAAGCGAUUGUCGUGAAUUUAUAGAAAAUUCAUUGUGGUAUAGUGAUCGUGGGAUUCCGUAUCGUCGCGGAUAUUUAUUACAUGGUCCCCCGGGUUGCGGUAAAUCGUCAUUCAUUACCGCAUUGGCUGGUGAAUUGGAACGUGGUAUAUGCGUUUUAAAUCUAUCGGAACGUGGUUUAACGGAUGAUAGAUUGAAUCAUUUAUUAGCUGUAGCUCCUCAACAAACUAUUAUACUCUUGGAAGAUAUCGAUGCAGCAUUUGUCAGUAGAUCGGAGAGCAAAGAAGUUAAAUCUGCAUACGACGGUUUGAACAGAGUAACGUUUAGCGGUUUAUUGAACUGUCUGGAUGGUGUUGCUUCCACCGAAGCAAGAAUUCUGUUUAUGACGACUAAUUACUUGGAAAGAUUGGAUCCUGCAUUAGUUAGGCCAGGUAGAGUAGAUGUAAAAGAAUAUAUAGGCUGGUGUAGCAUGCAACAAGUGGAACAAAUGUUUUUAAGAUUCUAUAGAAGCACCGACAUCAAAGCGGAAGAAUGCGCUAGACAAUUCGCGGAGAACGUUAUGUCUCAAAAAAAGAAUGUUAGCCCGGCGCAAAUUCAAGGAUUCUUCAUGUUCCAUAAGAAUAGUCCCGACGACGUAAUGAAAAAUGUUUCACAUAUAUGGGAGCUUACCUGAUAGGAUUAGAUACAGAGAUUAGCAUUGCAACGAAACUGUGUAUAAAGGCAGAGAAGAAUAAAAUGACAAAGGUAUUGUAGACCAUUUAGGUUCUCAUAUUUAUAUUAAUUACGUAAAUCGGCACAUUUGCCGAUUCGGCUUCCGACUUCUGAAAUUUCUACAAAUACAAACUUAAUAGAAACGUGAUAAAAAUUUCUCACUUUUACACGAUUUAUUCCGAUUAUUGCGUUACUGUCGACAUUACCAACAUUGUGAAUGACGAUCC